AUGAACAGAAGGAGGCUCAAACUCAUCCUCUGUCUCUUCACUUUCAACUUACUCUUUCUCUACCUCUACUUCUACUUGUCAUGGUGUUUUUAUAGUAUGACGUUGAGGAGCCCGAUAUGUGAAAGAUGGAGGGUUCAAAUGCAUCCAAAGAAGAUUAGGAUGUCGAUUGGAGGUGAGAGCUUGGAAGAGGUGAUCGAGAGGGAAAAUGAUGAUGAAUUGUCAGUGUUUGAAGAUGGGGUUUUUGAUGUUGAGGUUGUAGAUGGAUCAAGUCGUCGAAGGAAGCUUGUAGAUGAAGACUUUCUGAAUCGGUAUUUGAAGAACGGUGAGAUUUCAAAGAACGGUGGUUGUUGUUAUUGUUAUUGUAUAGAUAAAAGGUUUUGA